AAUGGGGGGAAAUCAGACCAUGGUUACAGAGUUCAUCCUGCUGGGAUUUCCCCUCAAUCCAAGGAUUCAACUUUUCCUCUUUGGGCUCUUCUUCCUGUGCUAUGCCUUCACCCUGCUGGGGAAUGGGGUCAUCCUGGGGCUCAUCUCAUUGGACUCCAGACUGCACACCCCCAUGUACUUCUUCCUCUCACACCUGGCCAUUGUUGACAUAGCUUACUCCUGCAACACGGUGCCCCAGAUGCUGAUAAACCUCCUGAGUCCAGCCAAGCCCAUCUCCUUCACUGGCUGCAUGACACAGACCUUUCUCUUUUUGAGUUUCGCUCACACCGAAUGUCUUCUCCUGGUGGUGAUGUCCUAUGAUCGAUACGUGGCCAUCUGCCACCCCCUCCGAUAUUCUGCCAUCAUGAGCUGGAGACUCUGCUUCAUCCUGGUGGUGACAUCCUGGGCAUGUGGCUCCCUCCUGGCCUUGGUCCAUGUAGUGCUCAUCCUGAGGCUGCCCUUCUGUGGGCCGUGUGAAAUCAACCACUUGUUCUGUGAAAUCCUGGCUGUCCUCAAGCUGGCCUGUGCUGACACCUGGCUCAACCAAGUGGUCAUCUUUGCUGCUUGUAUGUUUAUCUUAGUGGGGCCCUUCUGCUUGGUGCUGGUCUCCUACACACACAUCCUGUUUGCCAUCUUAGGCAUCCAGUCAGGUGAGGGCCGUAGAAAGGCCUUCUCUACCUGCUCCUCCCACCUCUGUGUGGUUGGGCUCUUCUUUGGCAGUGCUAUUGUCAUGUACAUGGCCCCCAAAUCCCGCCACCCUGAGGAGCAGCAGAAGGUCUUUUUCCUUUUUUACAGUUUUUUCAACCCUAUGCUGAACCCACUGAUCUACAGCCUGAGGAAUGCAGAGGUUAAGGGUGCCCUGAGGAGAGCAGUAUUCAAGGAGAGGCAUUUCCAAUUGGAGUAACAUUUGCAUCACCACCUCAAGUAGUCCA